GUAAUGGACUGAGCAUCGGGGUUAUGUGCGAGGUAGAGAUCUAUAAAUCUCAGGGACAAAGAACGACUUAUCUGGAACUCAUAAGAAGGUCUUCACUCGUCCAGCGAUUACCCCGCCCCAUAGAACUCCAGCAACUUCAAUAUUCAAUAUAUCAACCAUGUCGGCGCAGCAAGUCAAGUACACAGUUGAGCACUACCGAGCCGAAGGCAUCUCACAAGAAGCCUUCGUGAAGUGGUUCAAGGAAUACCACGUUCCCAUCGGCGUUCCGCUGAUGAAGAAAUACGGCAUCACCAAAUACACUGUCCAAGUGCGAAACCACGAACUAGCCACCGGGUUCGAGCCCCAUCUGCACAAGAUACGACCCACGUGGGAGGUCAGCAAGGCGGACCUGGUCCUCGAGUACUGGAUGCCCGAGCUGAGCUGUCUGUACGGCCUGGUCUCGGACGCCGAGUGGAACGAGAAGGCCCUCAAGGGCCAGGACCAGUGGCUCGACAUGAGCAGGUCGACAACCCAUAUUACGAACGAGGAGACGUACCUGGAGGGCGGCAACAUCUUGAAGCUUGCGUAAAGAGGCGGGCAGGUUAUAGAAUAGGGGUAUUGAUUCAGAGCUAGGUAGAGUGCAGUUUGGAGGUGUCUUGAUCUACAGGUACUUCUUUUGGGGGUAUUUCGUGCCUAUUGGGGUAGUUUAUAUGAGAGUGCGUCGUUGAAGUGAGGUCGUCAGCCGCUUCUUGGGGGGAUCUAUGGUACCAUGUGUACAACCUAUUUCGCAUGUAUAGGUACCGGUGUAUGUAGUGAGGCACCUUGAGAUAAUCUAAUACCUACAUAGGUACCCAGGUACCUACACGUACCAUGAAAUAUGUUUCAUCCUCACGUAAAAGAAUGUGAGGGGAAGACGAGUGCGUACUGAUACUUGAACAUCGAAGGUAUUAACAAAGCGGCGACAUACAUAUGUAAUAUCCAAAAC